AUGACACUAACAGGAUUCGAACUCAGGCAAAAGCAAUAUUUUGAGGAAAGAAAACGGCAACAACAGCAUAGUUCAAGUGGGCUAGAGAGCUAUUCUGAUGACAAGGUUCCAUGCAGACCAUGUCAUGAAAAUAAUAGAUCAUUGGAUGUUCUCAGUCUGCUAAACUUGACAAAAAAUGGCCAGGAUCUUACUUCUAGAUUCCCAGAAGUAAGUGGAAGUUUGAAAGGCGAACAUACAACACUGAACUAUCAAAGUGCACAUGGUCCAUAUACAAUUCAAGUGGAAAUCAAAAACCAAUGCCCUGCUGAACAUGUUGAAAUCAGGGAGACAGACUGUUCUUCUAUUCUUCCUGAAUCCUUAUUGAGCAAUUUGUACCAGGAAUUGCGCCCAAUCACCUGGAGGAGACGGUUUCUAUUUGAUUUCUCUUCUAGUAGUCAUCUUGAUGCUUCAAAAAAGAAUGAUGACAAAGAACCAAAGAAGAUGAUUACUGACCAUGUUGACCACAAUUUGUCUGUGGUUGAUAUGCUUGGCGACGAUGGACAAAAUAGUAUAUCUAGAGGAAGUUUGGUACAUGAGGAUCAUGUUGCAUUUUCAGUUGAAGGUCUAGGAAGAGUGGAAAUGGAAACUCCAGUUCAUUCACCUCAACAGCCCACAAGAAACUUUUCCUGUGGGUUCCCUACACCGUCCAAAAUUUCCAAGCGAUCUCACUCUUCCAAGAACCUUAAUUGCAGUCUGGAGGACCAAUUUCCUGAAUUGGAUAAUAUGGACGUUGAUGCAUGUUCUAUAGAGCUCCCUCCUUAUUUAGGAGAACUAUACAGUAAUCUUAAGCCAAAGAUAAUGGUUGGUGAAGAAUCCUGGCUGCAUGAUGUGAAAGAUUUUUUAAGCAAUGACGAAUUUUAUGACAUCAGGGUGGAGCAGGACAGAUAUCAGUGGCAUGAAAAAUCUAGCUUCUUCGGUGACAAAUUUCUUGAUGAUAUUUGUGGAUUAUCUUGGAAGAACUGGCCAUCUGAUUUGGGUUCCAGUAUGAUGAAUCAUAUGAGAAGUAGGAAUUGUGAUAAGCCAGACUUCUCUUUUGAAGGUCUACAUAUGCAAAGAAGGAGAGGUGGUGCGAGAGAAGCAGGCAGCUUCAACAUUUCAGGUGAACUUUUAUUAUUCCACCGUUCACCCCUUUUAGCAUUUCAUUUUCACGGUAAUGUGUCAGGUCAGGAACAUGUACAACAGCCAUGA